AUGAUACAACCACAAAGAUCGCUUGACCCCGAACUCUCUGAGCACCAGCCUCUUAUUCGUGGAGAUGGGUUUAAUCCAGACGAAAUUGUCUAUCAUUCCACGCCCGAACCGCAAUCAAUUGUGACUAAGAAUCAGCAAGAUGAACUGCCACGGGUAGUAGAGGAUGAUGAAGAUGACGAAGGUCCCGUUCGGGAAGUACCAUCAGGCUUUUGGGGAGUAGUCGCAUGUCUUCUAAUCGGAGUCAUUGUCGCCAAUAUUGACACUUCGCUUGUCAUGGCAACCUUCGGACAAAUAGGAAGCGAAUUUGGCAGACUUGAUGAUGCCAAUUGGAUGAUAGUUGGAUAUCAGCUCGGAGUGUUGACAACCCAGCCAAUGGUUAGUACUGCAGUCUACAUUGGUGCUGUGCCGCAAGCGGGCCCGCCUCACUACAGGCAGAUAGCUAACAAAUUGCGAGACCAGUACGGAAAACUGAGCGAUAUCUUUGGCCGGAAGGCUCUCUUGCUUAUUUCCUACGGGUUAUUCGCUGUAGGUUGUCUCUGGAUUGGUACAUCAACAGAGUUCUGGCAUCUCGUCGUCGGUAGGGUUAUUUCGGGCAUAGGAGGCGGUGGGAUGACUUCUGUUGUUUCGAUUCUGCUCAAUGAUCUCGUCCCCCUCCGCGACCUAGCAGCUUGGAGAAGUUAUGUCUACAUUGCAGCAACCCUUGGAAGAUCCUGUGGAGCGCCACUCGGUGGUUUCAUGGUUGACACUAUCGGAUGGAGAUGGUAUAACCCCUUAAACAGGCUUAAAGGCGUCAAGGGGACUAAAUUGAUUAUUAGGUCAUUCCUGGGCCAAGUCCCUCUAGCAGUCCUUGCUAUCGCCAUGGUAUCUAUCAAGUUGAAUAUUCCCCAUAAAGGGAAACAGCGCAAGACCGAAAACUUUUUCCAGUGUUUUCGGAGAAUAGACUUUACAGGCGCACUAAGUCUUGCAGCUUCACUGAGUUUGUUUCUCGUGUUCUUGGAUGAAGCUGGCAAACGGAUGUUUUUGGCCAAUAAGCUACUUAUUGGAUCUGGUAUCGGGUCGCUCAUUUUUGGUGCCAUCUUCUUUUAUGUGGAAGCAUAUGUCGCCAAGGAGCCUAUCUUAUCACUACGAAUACUUACGCAACGUGAUGUUCUCUCCGUAUAUUCAACACUCGGGCUUACAACUGGCAGUCAGAUUUCGUUUGUAUCUACGGUAGCCAUAUACUUCGUGAUAACCCUUGGAGUGUCAAACGCAGAUGCGGCAGCACGAAUUGUCUUCGGAAAUGUAGCCCAUGCAAUGGGAGGUCUAAUGGCUGGAAUUUUAAUUCGACGAACUGGUCGUUAUAAGAGAUAUCUUGUUAUAGCUAUGUCUAUUUCCACUAUUGCGUUACUUCUCGUAACUAUUCGCUGGCGAGGAAACACAAACAUCUUUGAAACUGCGUAUAUCGCUCCUGCAGGCUUCGGCAUCGGGAUGAUCAAUACUGCGGCAUUUAUCGCUUUAUCAGCCAGUGUCGAACACAAAGACCAAGCAAUGGCAACAUCUGGAUUUUAUCUUAGCGAUAACCUCGGUUUUGUUGCCAUCAGUAGCCUUGGGAAUGCGGUACUUCAAACAGCACUAGCAAAAAGACUAGACGUUAGGCUGGACGGGGUAACCAACAAGAAAGAGGCGAGUAGCUCCGGUUACCUAGAGCUUUGUGUUAUUCGAGACGUAAUGGCAAGCAUUAGAAACAUUAAGGGCUUAGAUCAGCCCAUUCGCGAGAAGGCCAUAAAAGCGUUUGUAGAGGCGCUACAAUGGGACCAUGGUUAG